GACAUUAUUAUUUUUGCAUCCAAACACGUUAUAUUCAAGUUACUUUCUCUGUUUCAUUCAGAACAACUCUCCGGAGACCAUAGCCAAAGGAUCUGGAGCUUUUUACCUGUCUGCGAUUCGCCGAUAGUUGAAGCUUUUAGAGACUUCAAUGGUGAGCCAAGGAUUGGUGUCUCUUACAAAGUCUUUAUGCACUAUGGCUCCAAGAGUCCGCCUCAAGAAUCCGAAGACGAUGCAGAACCUAAAGACCGGACCUUGUCAUCUCCGUUUCAGAAAUCUCCGUGUCUUGUGCACAAAACUGUCUCAAUGGGAACCAUCACCUUUCAUUCAUGCUUCUGCAGAAGAAGCUGGUGGUAUAGUAUUGGAAAAAACCGCUAAUGUGUUCGAAUCCAUUGUAUCAGAGGCUGCUGAGGAAGAGAAAGUAGAUUCAGCGCAACAACGGACUAACUCACAAAUUCAGGUUCUUAAAUGGCCAAUAUGGAUUUUAGGUCCAUCUGUUCUCCUCACAAGCGGUAUGGCACCUACUUUAUGGCUUCCAUUGUCAUCGGUUUUCCUCGGUUCCAACGUGGUUAGUGUACUUUCGUUGAUCGGUCUAGAUUGCAUUUUCAACCUCGGCGCAACCCUUUUCCUGCUAAUGGCUGAUUCUUGUGCUCGUCCUAAAGACCCAUCACAAUCCUGCAACAGCGAACCACCAUUUAGCUACAAGUUCUGGAAUAUUUUUGCACUCAUAACCGGGUUUCUCGUCCCAACGCUACUUCUCUUCGGAUCUCAAACCGGCCUACUCUCUUCUCUCCAACCCGAGCUUCCUUUCAUCUCGUCCGCUGUUCUCCUCUUCCCCUACUUCAUUCUCCUCGCGGUCCAGACAUUAACAGAGAUCCUCACAUGGACUUGGCAAUCACCGGUCUGGCUAGUCACACCAGUUGUCUACGAGGCUUACCGAGUUCUGCAACUGAUGAGAGGGUUGAAACUAAGCGCAGAGGUGAACGCACCGGUUUGGGUGGUUCAUAUGCUUCGCGGGCUUGUCUCUUGGUGGGUUCUGAUCUUGGGGAUGCAACUCAUGAGGGUUGCUUGGUUUGCUGGUUUUGCAUCUAGAAGAACAAAUCAGGAACCAGAAUCUGUUGCUUCUAAGUAAAGAUAGAUAGAUGUAUCUUCCGUUUAUAGCUUUCAAGUCAUGUACUCAUUACUGUAUAGUUAGCUUUUAGUUGGUGAUAACAAUAAAAACAUAUUCUUUAUGAUUUAUAUUCGA